AUGCACUCUGACGAUUACUUUGAAGACGAACUCGACUCUGCAUUCUUGCACGAAUUCGAUGCUGUAGAAGCUGCUCAUGUACUCCCAUCGAAAUCCUCCCCUCUAAAAGCAACCCGCCAGCUGCCUGCCACAACGUCGACAGUCAUUGAAAUAUUGGACUCCGACCCUUUUGAUGCCUUUGAUUUUGAUGUCGCAGACUUACAAGUCAUUGACGAGAUACAAAAGCGCGAGGGGCCGUGCGGACAGAACCAGACAGCUGCUGGACCGAGCAACUCUUCGUGGCGACGUACGACUUCGAAAGGGGCCGUACAGACUACAUUGUUCGGGGAUAUUGUCGAUGAAACAGCAACGGCAAGUAAGGGCAGUAAGCCACCGUCACGGGCACCUAUGGUACGCACCAACUCCGGCUCGCGUAAUUUGUUUGGAGGGCGUGCAAAGAAGACUAAGCAGUGGGACCACUCGGCGUUCGCCAAGUCGGGCUGGAAACAAUCGGCAGCUGAGAAACGUAACGCAAAGGGAAAGCAGAGAAUGUCAUUUGACGAUGACGAUGACGAUGACGAUAACAUUGAGGAAGAAAUUCUCGAAUUUGAACAAUUCCCGGCACCCUUUGUCCCGCUCGGACCUGUAGGUUGCACCCCGUCCCCCAUGAAACUUCAGCCGGACCUACUAGCUUCUAAGCGAUGGCUCUAUCCACUGAAUCAACCUAAGCGGGAUUACCAGUUUAAUAUUGUGAAGAAUUCCCUUUAUGAAAACACAUUGGUUGCUCUCCCUACGGGUUUGGGGAAAACGUUCAUCGCUGGAGUGGUAAUGCUCAAUUUCUAUAGUUGGUUUCCGGAAGGAAAGGUCAUAUUUUUGGCCCCUUCGAAACCCCUUGUUGCCCAACAAAUCGAAGCUUGUCAUCAGACAUGCGGUAUUCCAGGUGCCCAGGCGGCAGAACUCACAGGAGAGACGCCCAAAUCUAAACGUCUCAAACUUUGGGCCGAGAAGCGUGUUUUCUACAUGACACCGCAGACACUCCUCAGCGAUCUUAUCUCAGCGAACUGCGAUCCAAGAGACAUCAUACUGAUUGUGAUUGACGAGGCACAUAAAGGCACCGGGGAUUAUGCCUAUGCCCAGGUGAUCAGAUUUAUGAUGGCAAAGAACCCUCAUUUCCGGGUCCUUGCUCUUACUGCAACGCCUGGAGGUAACCCGGAGGCUGUCCAGGCUAUUGUUGACUGCCUUCACAUAAGUCAUAUCGAGAUCCGGGAUGAAAACAGUCUUGACUUACGCCCUUAUCUUCACAAGAAGGCGUCCGAGCAGCAUAUCAUUAAGAUGGACGAGGAUGUUGUCAAGGUUCGGGAUCUGUUGGCGAAGAUUAUGCAGCCGUUGAUAAGACAGGUUCAGAAUUCGGGAGCUAUGAGAGGUAGUUCUGACCCCACAAUGCUGCAUCCGUUUAGAUGCCAGUCAGCGAGUCAAGAGCUUCGACAACGGAAAGCGCCUGCGUGGGCACUCGCAGCUGCCGCGAAACUGGGUCCCCUUGCUAGGGCCAUGGGCUAUCUCCUUGAAGCUAGUAUGGGCAUGUGCUAUACUGUGAUUAGCGGAAUCGUGUAUGGUUUUGACGGGACAACUGGCAAGAAAUCUACGAGCCGAGCUGCGCAGAGUGGUCUACAGAAGGACUCGGCCUUUGGCGUGUUGUUGAAGGAGAUCGAGGCGCAGAAGAAUCGUGGUUUCUCAUUACACCCGAAGAUGGAGAAAUUGCGCAUUCUGUUGAUACAGCAUUUUGCGAACCAUAUGUUUGAUAACGAAGACACUGGACGAGCGUCCGGAAACUCGCAUCCGGCUACUCAAUCACGAGUCAUGGUAUUUGUGUCAUUUAGAGAAUGCGUUGAUGAGGUGGUUGAAGUGUUGAAUCGGGAGGAGCCUCUGAUCAAAGCGACACGUUUUAUUGGUCAGGGUACUGACAAGCAGGGGAGGAAAGGUAUUGGCCAGAGAGAGCAGCUUGAGGUCAUCAAAAAGUUUAAAUCCGGUGAAUUCAACGUCUUGGUGUCGACUUCCAUAGGAGAGGAGGGUCUAGAUAUCGGUGAAAUCGAUAUGAUCGUUUGCUACGACGCUCAGAAGACACCAAUCCGCAUGUUACAACGAAUUGGGCGGACAGGACGCAAGAAAGAUGGCAUCGUGCAUAUCCUUCUCGCCGAAGGUCGAGAGGAACGUAAUUGGGAUAAGGCGCAGGACAAAUACAAGGACGUGCAGCAUUUCAUUGUGCGGGCGGAAGAAUUGGAGUUGUACGGAGACACACCGCGAUUGCUACCCGACCAUAUCAAACCUGAGUGUACGGAGAUGAUCAUGGACAUUGAGGCAUAUAUACGGGAGGAUCGCCCAUCCCGAAAGGGAUCCAUCGCCAAUGGUGACGAUUCUCCUUUAUCGAAGGCUAGAAAGCGCAAGCGGGAUGACGAUCCAAAGCGAAAUAUCCCAUCGGGUGCUUCGACUGGCUUCGUCAAUGUCAAGGACUUGCUAGUGAAAGGUGGGGCAACAAAAAAGCAGAAGAAGUGUAAGCUGGAGGAACCUGAUGCUCUCGCUGGUGAAGAUGAUGAGGAGGACAUGGAGAUCGAGGCCGGCUUGUUUGGGCCGCGCAGAACUGUCUCCACGUCAUCGAUCCCCGUCACGUCAAAGGCGAAGAAGCCGAAGCGAACAAAAACCAUUGCGACUGCUGGAAAAUCAGAACAUACAACAAAAACCAAGAAGCGCAAGCAAAAGCUUCCCAUUGAACCGUCUGCAAGUGACUUGGAGAGGAUGGGAGCCGAUGAUUCUGACGAUGCGGCUAUUGAACGCGGCAUCACGUAUCCAGACAGUCUUUCAAAGUCAAUUCAUGACAAGUUUUCUCUACAUACACUGGAGUCUCAUUCUUCACCAUCGCCGCUCCUUCAACUGCAGAAAACAGACCGACUGGUCUCGAAUAAUGAAGUUAUCGAUCUGACUUAUGAUACCACGUAUCGUCAGGACUCACCAGCGUUAUCCUUCAGUUCCUCCCCAGAUGAGGCUCCUAAGUCAAGGAAUACAGAUGUUUAUUCAAGGAGUGCGAGUACGAGGUCGAGGAGUAUAGAUACGAAAUCAAGAGGUACAAGCGUUCAGCAUGAAGACGGUUCAUCCAACCCGCCCGAGCGCUCAACUACCCCAUCGUCUCGUAGCACAUCCCUUCAUCAUCAUCACGAGGAGUCGGAUAUGGCGUGGUUGGUUGACGACGACGACGAUGACGAUCCCAGUUUUCAAAUUCUACAUUCUUCCCCCUCAAAUGGUCAAGACGUGUCCCGUAAGCGCCAGUCCAUUGCUGACCACAACGUCCUGCCAGUCGAAGAGACGAACUUUCUCGAGUUACCGGCGAGAAACGUCAGUUCAACUCCUGUUAGGACUAAGAUUACGCCGUCUGGAUUCAUUCGUGCGACCGACGCGAUGCCGCCACCUGCAUUGCCAGCUCGCUUGACAGCGUCUUCACCUUCUAUUUUCGAUGAUGCACUUCCACAGCCUUCAUUCGCCGUCCGUGCGCCGGGGAAACAGGUCAGAAAGCGCAUUGUUACGAUCUCUAUCGACUCAUCCCCUUCGGCUCCGUUAGCAAUGCCGCCGAUGUCACAACGCCGUCUCCAGACCAAACGGAAUUCCUCGCCUGAUGUUCAGCCUUCACCACCCAAACGAAAGAAGAGAAAAUUCAAAGAUGUAGCAGAAGCACAGAAGGCGAACCCAUGGAUUGAUGUAGAGGCCACGCAUUCUGGGGACGACAACAGUUUGGGUUCGUCUGAUGUUGACCGCGGGGAUGAGUACGACCGAGACUUUGUGCGGGAUACGCCCGAAACUCAAGCCUCGCCGUCGUAUGACCAGUCGGCGGUAUAUCGCCGGAGCCUUUUCACACAGGCCCCCGGUGGGGCAAGCGUCCCUGACUUUGCUGGCCGUCCUGUUAGACGGGGCUGGGGUGCUUACGCUCGCGGUAGAACUUUGAAUUCUCGUCCGGGACUUUCAUCUUCUCCGAGGUACGAGGAUGAAGAUGAUUACGAGUUUGGGAGUUUCGUAGUAAAAGAUGACGAAGAGAUCGAAUUCGCUGGGCAUGCUUCGAGUGAUCUCUGA